UAGGUAGGUCUUACCCAUCGCCGUACAACUCUGCUGUUAGUGUUCAUCCACCAAAAAAUCGCCGACGACGAGGUGUAAACAAACCGGAGAAAUUCAGCCAUGGAGAUGCAAAACGACUUCGAUCGGCUUAUGUUUUUCGAACAUGCUCGCCGGAGUGCUGAAGUCACCUACGAGAAAAACCCUCUGGAUUCCGAGAACUUAACUAGAUGGGGAGGUGCGUUGCUUGAACUGUCCACGUUCCAGAGUGUUCAGGAAUCAAAGUUGAUGAUCAAAGAUGCGAUAUCGAAGUUGGAUGAAGCAUUGGCGAUUGAUCCGAAGAAACAUGAUGCUUUGUGGUGUAUGGGGAAUGCCCAAACUUCUUAUGCUUUUUUGACUCCGGAUAAAGAUGAAGCAAAGGGUUAUUUUGAUUCAGCUUAUGAUUUCUUUGAGCAAGCUGUUAACGAGGAUCCAGAGAACGAACUUUACCGCAAAUCAUUUGAAGUGGCUACAAAGGCUCCUGAAUUACACUCAGAGCUGCAUAAACAAGGUUUUAGUCAACAAGCAAUGGGACCAGGGGCUGGGGGAGGUCCUUCAACUUCUUCAAGUGUCAAGGGUCCAAAAACACAAAAGAGCAGCGAUCUGAAGUACGAUAUAUUUGGAUGGGUUAUUCUUGCGGUUACCAUUGUGGCUUGGGUUGGAUUCGCCAAAGCAAAUGUACCUUCACCACCUCCACGAUAAGCUAUUCCGCUUAUCUGGCAACGUCUAAUGGUUUUAACGGAGUAGAUAUGACCAUGAUGAUGAUGAUGAGAUUGGCAUUAACAAGAGAAUUCUCUUGUAUGGGGCAGUCAUGAAUGUUAUUUAGUUUUGACCUGAGUACUGACUUCACAUCACAUGAAAGAUUUGUUAUAGAUAUAGCUUGUCCUUUUAUAUUUUACAAUUUUCGUUGCGGAUUUGAUUCUUAUAUUGACAUUUUCGAUAACAUCCAUACCUGGUUGAUAUGGAA